AUGGAUUGUGGUGAGCUUGUCUCUUCAUCGGGGCCACGACACGCCCGCCACUGGACAAAAAGUACGGUUGUAUCCUUGACCACCGGGACGGGUCAUGAAGUCUUUGAAUCUUUGGUCAUCCCUCACAUCGAAAGGGCAAGAAACGAGGUGAUCCUGGCGACCUGUUUCUGGGCGCCUUCGACCACUCGAGACUCCGUCCGGGACGCACUGGUCGCCCUCUCGAACCAGGCGGUAAUGGAAAAUCGAACAAAGAUCACGGUCAGGAUAUGUUUUUCAUCCUCGUCUCUGGCUCGAAACAUGUUGUUGCCCACACCGAAGGGGGGAGAAAUAUACGGCCCUACCAAAUGGAAGCAGAAGCUGGGUUUGCCUGACCCUGAAGAACUACCGGGUCUAGAUCUGGUGGUGACGCGAAAAUUCUUUUGGCCUUUUGGGAUCAUACAUUCCAAGUACGUCGUUGUCGACAGGAAACUCGCAAUUUUCCCGUCCUGCAACGUGUCUUGGGAACCAUGGUUCGAGGUCGGUGUCGCGACGAGGGGGCGUGUUGUCGAUGAAUUGAUGGCAUUUCAUCAAUCCUUCUGGUCGUCGACUUCCUCCACAGGACCUCCGACGUCGAUAUCAGGCUCGACCUCAGGAUCAUCAUCAUCAUCAUCAUCAACGACAACGCCUAUCGGACAAGGCCAUGACGGACCAGGUGAUCAUGAACAUGACGGUGACGGUGAUGACCAUAAUGAGAGUAUCGACUCGGCGGCACGGACCAUACUCCUGCCGUCACCUCAUCGAUCAACCUUGAUACCGUUCUGGUGCCGACCGAGUUCCCUUCUAUCGAGGAAAUGUUCUUGCAUCCCCAUACCGAGCUCCGCCACCGCCGCAUCCUCCUCCUGUUCGAAAACGCCCCUGCUCCAGACCACUCACCACCUGUUAUCUACCGCCCGAUCCAGCAUCACCAUACUGACACCGAACCUGACCGAACCUGCCGUCCUGGGACUCCUCAGUGAUGCCCUCCACCGUGGAGUUCGUGUACUUGUGUGGACGAACCGUAGAUUGAUGACGACCGAACAAAUCGUGACGGCCGGUACCACCACACCUACUUGUGUCCGGAGGUUGAAAAAAAUGUCACACGGAAGCCGGGGGGAAUUGAUGGUACAUUACUUUGAUGAUCAUCAGCGCGAGGCUACAACUACGACACCGUCGAGUGGUGACCGGCGUGACAAUCACUCGACAACUCCCGUCAAACUUCACGCCAAAGUCACAAUCGUUGACGACUCCAAAUUGUUAUUGGGAAGUUGUAACAUGGACGCAGCUAGUUGGAGGACUAGUCAAGAGUUGGGAGUUCUCAUCCAAAGUAAAACGGUCAUUGAACGAUUCAACAAGGAAUGGAACAAGUAUGGUGGAAUUUGA